AUGACCCAUAACUUCCCUAAGAGUAUUCGUUCCUUGCGUUGGCUCUCUAUGGGAAUCAUAGCUACUGGAUUCGUCAUGAAGCUCUUUUUUCUUCUCUCGUUGCUCUUUGCAUCUCUUAGCAACGCCGGCCACUCAGCCUGGGAGGCAGGCGCUACAACUUUCACAUCUGAAUGGAUCCACAUAGAUCCGUCUUUUGACUUCCCCACCUGGCCUCAUGAGACCAUCCGCUAUUACUUCAACACCCCUCAAAUGAAGACGGAAUUUGCAAAUGAUAUAAGGGCCGCAUGGCAACUCUGGUACGCUGCAGGCUUACCAGAGACCUUCAGAUUUAUCGAGUAUUCAAGGACCCGGUGCGAGGCAGCGCCCGACGAUUGUUUGCUUAUAAUUGCAGAGUAUGGGGCACCGUCAUUUUUCACCAGCCUUGGAAGGCAGCGCAUCGACCCCUGGGAUAGGAACGUCAUGUACUUAGCCUUCGAAGGAACUGAAGACGAACACGACAAAGCCUUGAUAAUUGCUCACGAGAUCGGACAUGCCUGGGGUCUCCUGCAUGAACAUCAAAACCCCUUGUUUUGGCAGUGGGCCUUUCGGGGGACCCGAUCUGAUUCAUUAGUCCAGUUCUAUUGCGAGAAUGUGCUGGGUUUUGAUGAGGUAGAGCAUGAGUUCAACAAUACUCUGUUACUCUGGGCCGAGGACGGUCCCUGUCGCGAUCAGGCUCGGGCUUAUGAAUUUGGUUUCCUGGCUUCCGAAAUGAUUCCCUGGGGGCCGCGAUAUCAACAACCACAUCGCUUGUGGCCUCAUGAUUAUGACGUGGAUUGGGAUUCUAUCAUGAUUUACGAAUCCCACUCUUUUGGAGCUGAUGAUGAGCAUGGCAACAAGCAGCUUACUCUAGUACGAACGAAGGACCUUCAGGUUAUCCCAGAGCCUGGCACUGUUACUGAACUAGACGUGUUUGGGAUGUUGCAUCUCUAUCAUCCCAGAUAUGGGAAGUUCCGGGAGGUAUUUCACAACGAUCCAACUAGCGCUUGGUACGCCGUGUUCAAAGACAAGAUCAAGAACUGUCUAAUUAAAACCUGA